AUGGAACUUAAUUCAAUGGAGAACCUUAUACAUCUACCGAUCCACGAGAAUGUUAUCAGACGAUACGGUAAAUAUACAAAGAAGGUUAAUGGAGAACUUGUCAAAGUAAUAUAUGAUUGGUUCGAGCGUGAAAAUCGAGAUCAAGAUAAAUAUCAUGGUCAUCAGUAUAAAUUAGGACUAACAAAACAACAAUAUGAUCAAAUGAAAUCUCUUGUAUUGCCAAGAGGUCUCUAUGGAGAAGAAUUAACAUUUGAUCAAUUUUGCGAUAUUCUUAUACCGGUUAUAACCGGUGGUGAAACUGAUCGACAUGAUGAUUAUUCAAUAUGGUUAGCAUUUUGUGCAUUUGAUAAAAAUGGUGAUCAUUAUAUUCAAGCUGAUGAACUUGAAACAUUGAUGCGUAUUAUUGGUAAAUCUGUUAGUCGAGAACGUAUAAGAUAUUAUAUUGAUAAAGUUGAUUGGGAUUAUAAUGGUAAAUUAGAUUAUAAUGAAUUUCGAGAAUUUAUUGUACGUGGUUAUGCACGUGAAUUACUUAUGAUGGAUAUAACAAGAGAAAUUGUUUAUUCAAAUGAACCAAUGAAAAUACCAUCAAAUAUUUCUCUAUAA